CAAUGAGCGGGCGCGGCGCGCGUCACGUGAGACGCCAGGCCGCGGUUUGAAAGUCCAACGUUUGGUCGUGCCACGAAAUGCAGCCGCGGCGGUGGUGAGGAAGGCGGUGAGGAAAGCGGUGAAGAAAGUGGUGAGGAAAGCGGUGAGGUGGUGAGGAAGGCGGUGAGGUGGUGAGGAAGGCGGUGAGGAAGGUGGUGAGGAAGGCGGUGAGGAAGGCGCUCUCUUACCAAUUGUCGUGGGAAGUGGAGAGAAAAGCGAGAGAGAUGAGCAAGGGCAGUGGUGAGGUCAUUCCUGAGGAGCCAGGCGGGGGGGUUCAGCCAACACCCGCCCAGUGACGGCGUGAGGAUUGAGGGUCCCAUUGACGGCUGGAGCGGAAGCGCCUGCAAGCUGUGUGGCUACGCAGAAAACAACGCCUUACAAUAUGGGGAGAAAAUCACUGAUCCAGAAAGUGGCAUCACAGCCCAUUACUAUUGCCUGAUUUUUUCAAGUGGCCUAUGUCAGCGGGGAAAUGACUCGGAGGGCUUAUAUGGCUUCCUCCCAGAUGACAUCAUCAAGGAAAUAAGAAGAGCAAACCGUUUGAAAUGUAUGCUUUGCAAGCAGAAAGGAGCUGCUAUUGGGUGCAAUUUAACAAGUUGCAGAAGAAAAUUCCACCUGCCUUGUGGAAUAAAGCUUCAUUGCCUCUUUCAGUUCCAGGGCACUUUUCCGUCAUUCUGCGCAGAACACCGCCCAGUCCAGCUUGAAGCGAGGGGCCGUGCUGACAGUGAGCCGCAGACUUGUGUGCUGUGUCUAGAAGUCAUAGACGAUCUAUCAUCUUUUGACGCUCUGUGCAGUGCUUCCUGUUGCAACACUUUCUUCCACCGCUCCUGCAUACAGCAACAGGCGUUGCACUCGGGAUUGUUCUUCUUUCGCUGUCCCAUCUGCAACAACAAUGAGAAGUUCCAAGCUGAAAUGCUUCGCAUGGGUAUCCACAUCCCUGAGAGGGAUGCAUCGUGGGAGCGUGACGAGAACGCCUUUCAAGACCUACUGAUACAGUACCAGCGCUGUGACAUCAAACGCUGCCAAUGUGCAAUGGGACGAGAUUACAACAAAGCCAACAGUAAGUGGGAGGUGACGCGCUGCGACUGCUGUGGUGCAGCCGGCGCUCAUCUGGCAUGUGCGGGACUGAAAAGCAACCAAACUGACUGGUUCUGCCAUGGAUGUCGUCCGCUCCUGGCGAGGAGUAAAUCGCCGCAUGGCAAGAUUGGAUCUCCAAAACUGCAGCUUUCGUUUCCUUCAUCUCCUCUGGAUCCUGAGAUGGAACGCAGGGAUAAAAGCAGCUUCAGCCCAUCGCACACGAAAAACGAAGAUGCCAUGCCCCUCUUCAAACAUACGGAUGGCAAACAGGGUGCACAUUCUGCUACGCCGCCACAGUCUGCAUACAGACGAGCAAUGGGCAAUAAAGAUGCACCAGGAUACCCAGUUUCUAGCCCUGAGGAACCGAGUCCGUUAGGUGGUAAGGUGAAGAGUAAAUGUGUUCGAGGGCUUCUUGAUCACCAGGUCAAUAGAAUGGUGAGAAAAUCUGAUAAAUGCAAACGUACCAUUAGCCAUUCCUUGACAGAUGUAUUGCCACUUACAAAAAAACAUUCAAGCGGUCACAAAAAAAGUAAGACGAAGCUUACCUAGCGGGCAUGAGAACAACACGGCUCCUCUGGCUCUUGAGAUGGGACAAGCACUCGCUGGCCACGUGGAAUUAAAGAGGUGUAUAACAUUUGUAUCAUAUGUAAACUAUUGGUAAAGGUGGAAUUUGGUGAUGGUAUGUUGGGUGAUGGGAAUCUUAUUGGAACACAAUUCACCAGGUUGAAGAGCUGAAUGUGCGUAAGCCGUUUUGAAGGUGGAAUACCAAAAAUGUGCAAGUCACAUUUUCAUCUGAAUGGAUCUGCUUGGCAAGCAUAACUUGACUUGACUGAACAAAUACUCCACCAUAUUGGUUGCAGAGUAAUACAAACCGUGUUAUUUCCAUUGUACUUGUUAUUUUCUAAGUUCACUGGAGCAGCAACUUGAUAACAUCAAAUAUUUUUUUCAAUGCCAAUAAGCAACUAUUUGGCGUAGAAGUUAAAAACACAGCUUCUAAAUGUAUCCCCAUUAUGAGAUAAAUAUUUGCGUUGUUUUACUGUGUCAAUAAAAGACACUGGCUUCAAUUCUCGACAAACCUUAGACAUGUCCUUGACAAUGAUGAAUGUCUCUUUUUGUGUUUUAAUAAAGGGCUGCACAAUG